AUGAUGGAGCCUACAGUUGCUGAGUUGCUCCGUGCACGUUUACUCUUUGCAGAUGCGCAGAUCUUUGGCAGGUUCUCGAAGUUGGCCUUGCACAAAAUAGGUGCUCUACGUCGCAUAGACAGCGGCCUGCGUCCCACCUUUUACCUUUUCCUGGACGUUGCUUGCACAGAUGGCGCCAAUGGACGGAUCAUGAACUUCUUUGGCCACAUUGUUGAUGCUGCAUUGGGUUCAAUUUGGGGGCCUGCGGACAAAGUGCAACACAUAUUUGAAGGGGAGGCGCUUCCUUUUGCUGCAGCCCUGCGUGUUUGGGGGGACAUGUUCCGCCAUACCUGUGUUUUUGCCUUCAUCGACAAUGAGUCAGCAAAAGCUGCGUGGAUUACGGAAUUUGCCCAGUCAAAGACAGCUCAGAACAUCCUGCACCAUGGGACGCGCAUGGAGGCCAACCUUGACAUCCGUCCCUACUUUGCCAGGGUCCCCGCAAGCUCCAGCUUUGGUGAUGCGCCUUCGAGGGGCGAAUUCCGUUUGUUGCUGCAAUCGGGAACUGAAAGAAUUGCGAUCUCCAAUGAACUGAUCGCCGAGCUUUGCACACCACCUUUUGCCCGUAGAACCCCGUCCUGA